AUGUCUCGUGCCCUGAUCGAGAAGCACCCCUUGCAGUGGCUACACAGCCCUUCUCGGGGUAUCUCGACGUUUGUUCAUUUGACCGGCCUCGCAAGCUUUACCUGGUCUUUCAAGUAUAUGCACGAGAACCCUAACCACGCGAACGAAGCAUAUGGCUGGCACUUCCAAUACUUGACCGUUAUUGGCCUGAGUCUGUCAACUCUCACCUUUAUUUUUGCCAUUCUCGCCGAUGUGACACUGUCCCGACGCCUCUUCUUGAUCAAGAACCUCUUGUCAGUGUGUAGUGCGCCGCUGGAAGUAUUGAUCAGCGUUCUCUACUGGGGCCUAAGAUUGAUCGAUGAACGUCUCGUCGUUCCCGAUUGGGCUGUGAUCCCUCUCGAUGCCGGUAUGUGGCUAAACCCCGGGGGUCCGCUCGCAGAGACCCGCCACCCAGCUUUUGUGGGGGCUGUGUGUUUGCUAAUUCAUUUCGGUAGAUAUAAGCUUUCACGCAUUGCCGUCCAUAUUGAUGCUGAUCGAUCUUCUGUUUCUUUCCCCCCGUGGACAAUUACCGUUCUGCCGUCUAUGGGACUAUCCGGUGCCAUUGCCUUUGGCUAUUGGUUCUGGGUGGAGCGGUGUGCCUCCUACAAUGGAUGGUAUCCGUAUCCCAUCUUCGAGCAGCUGCCGACUCCAGGUCGUGUUGCGCUCUUCUCGCUCAGUGCGGUUGUGAUGGCAUUCAGUACUGCAACGCUGAAGUGGCUGCACGGUCGCGUCAAUGGCUUUGGCGUUCCCAUUCCGGCACAAUCUCGCUCUGGUGAGAUUAAGCGUGCAGAUGGCUUGUAG